AUGAUUAUCGACGUUUUUAGUCACAUGAUAAGUGCCCUCGACUUUGAGUUGUUAAAUCUACUUUACAGUACAUCUCGCCAGAUCUUUGCUUCUGCAAUUUUGAAUGGAUGCUUUAAGGUUAAAAUUGCGAAAAAUGAUGACGACAUGGAAGGUGGUGUGGCACCGACUGUGCAAUUCAAGGAAACAAAUGAUCAGCCUCGCUCGGUAUUCAUAUGCGGUUCAUGGGAUGGUUGGCGUCAUAAGAUCCCUCUCGUCAAGUCGGAUAACGACUUUAGCACAAUUCUUGAACUGAGUCCUGGUCAUCAUGAAUACAAAUUCAUGGUCGAUAAUAAGUGGGUGGUUGACAAUAAUCAACCAAAAACGAACAACAAUCUUGGCGGAGAGAACAACGUGAUGUCGAUUGAUGAAGAAGACUUUGAGGUGUUUGAUGCGCUUGAUAAGGAUCUAGCGUCUUCAAAUGCUGGAGAAGCUCUCCGAGGAGCUUCCAGUCAUCAGCCGUCCCAUGAUACUCCAAAUGAUAGGGAACUGGAGAAAUUACGCACAUUCUCGCAAGAGAUCCCAGAACGAUCCGAAUUCGCUAAGACACACAACCCGCCAGCUCUGCCUCCGCAUCUUCUCCAGGUGAUACUCAACAAGGAUACUCCAGUCCAGUGUGAUCCAAAUGUACUGCCCGAACCGAAUCAUGUCAUGCUGAAUCAUCUUUACGCUUUAUCGAUCAAAGACGGUGUUAUGGUGCUAUCCGCUACCCAUCGAUUUAUGCGAUUAAUUUAUCUGCCAAUAUGUUAG